AGUGCUCUAUCAGCAGCAACAACAUGACCCGUGCACAGUAAACACUGCUUUGAAACAUAAGUAGAUUUUAGUUGGUUUUUCUGCAGCAUGGUUCGCUGCUUCCUGAUCCACACAGUGUGCCCGGUCAGUGCUCUCGGGGCCGGGGAGAGUCGGGCGCUUUACUGCCGGGUCUUCGGUCCAGAUGAGAGCCUCUUCACCGACCAGGAGCGGGAGUUCAGCCCGGAGGAGAGGCGGGUUCUGCAGAGGGAGCAGACCGCGGUGGUGGCACGGCAGGUGCGCAGCGCGGCCUCUCUCUCCCGGGGGGCCGCGGGCCGCCUGCUGAUGGAGGCGCUCCCCGGGGAGGAGGCGCUGGCGCUGCAGGAGGCCGACAGCGGGGUGCUGCGUCUCAGGGCCGGAGACCCCUUCCCCGAGGAGAUGAGCGCUCUGUCUGGGGUCCAGAGCCUGGGCUUCACGAUGGUCUGCGAGCCCCACGAGAACCUCCUGCUGGCCGAGGGGACGCUGCGGACCCUGACCCGACACUGCCUGGAGCACCUGCACCUGCUGGGGCCCGGCAGCGAGAUCCUUCUGAGGAGCGACCGCAUCGACGCUCUGCUCAGCCGCCUGCUUCCUCAUGGCCAGCUCCUCUUCCUCAACCACCGCUUCGCCCACAGCCUGGAGAAGGAAGUGGCAGCUUACAUGACAAAGUGACCCAAAAAUACCCGCUGUACGACUUCCUGUUUGAGCUCAUUACUGCCAGUUGUUCUCCACUGGAGACAUCUCUGCGGCAGUAGAAGAAGAGCGGACUGCUGGCAGCUGAUUGGUGGUGAACACACAGCGAGGUAAAUAUCUGCCUCAGCCACUUGCAGCUCAGUGUUGACUGUUUACUGUGUGGGACGCUUCAGUUCAAAUCCUGUUUGUCAAAUUGAAGAGUGGAGAGGAAAAUGUGGCAGAUUAAAGAGUGCAGCUGAAGAGGCCGGUUAAAACGUCCUCGUCAACAUCACAGCAGCUGUUAUCUGAUUCUCCGUGCUCCGAGCGACUCUGUGUGACCUUCAGGAGCUGACUGAAGGAUCCUGGGAGUUUAAAUGAUUCUCUAAGUGCUUUAUUUCAUCACUGUGGUUUCUAUUGCACCUUUUCAAAAAGUAGGAUCAAACAUUCAA